AUGGAAUAUGUAUCUUGUAUUGGAAAAAGUGACAUAAAUGAUAGUUUCGUCGAUUGGUCAUCAUUUGCUUCAGUAAAUCAUCGUCGAUAUUCAUUUACAUUUAUAAAUUUGACACGAUUAACAUCUUCAACAUUUACUAAUUUUGCAACAACGUUUCCUUUGAGUGAUUUGGUGACUGAAUUCACAUUCAUUUCAGGUUUGAAUGAAAUUGGAGAAUAUGCAUUUAAAGAAUUGGAUUACUAUUCAGAUGAACCUAUUGAUAUAACAUUUACUUCACCACAAAAUUUCAAACUUGCUGAUUAUGCAUUUGGUCAAAUUAAAUAUUUCGAAGUAAUUAUUGAUAGUAUUCAAUAUAGUUAUAUAAAUAAUCUUCCAUAUGAAUUUAAUUUGAAAUCAAUGGAUGGUUCGUCAUUCUAUCAAAUGAGUAUUAUCAAUUCUGGUCAAAUAAAAUUUAUUUCAAACGGACCGUCAACUAUUGAAUUUACUGCUGAACUAACAGUGGCUAAUUGUUCAUUAAGAAAUGCAAGUCUUCUUAUCGAAAGUCUUUCUGACACUAUUGUUGAUUUAGAUUUAUCAUCGAAUAAAUUGAUUUCAAUACCAUCACUAAUGAAUUUUCAAGAGAUGAGAGAAAUUGAUUUGAAGAAUAAUUUAAUUGAAGAAAUAACAAAAAAUAUUUUUUAUAAUAUGGCAAAUUUAUGGCGAAUAGAUUUAUCUAAUAAUCGAAUAAGAAAUAUCGAACCUGAUUCAUUCGUUGGAGUGGCUUUAAUUGAAUUAGAAUUAAAUACAAAUUUGUUAACAUCACUUGAAAUAUUAACAAAUGACAAUGAAAGAAUAUCAUUUUUAAAUCCAUUAAAUAAAUCGUUGGCUUUCUUCGGAAUAUCAAAUAAUUUAAUAGAUAAUCUUAAUCCAUUGAAAUAUAUGACGAAUUUAGAGAAUAUUACAUCAUGUUGUAAUCAAAUUAAGAAAUUAGAUCCUAAUAUAUUUAGUCAAGCAAGUCAACUUGAAUGGCUCGAUUUAAGUUAUAAUCAAAUCAAAGAUAUCAAUUCAAUGGCUUUCAAUGGAACGGUUAUACAAAAUUUAAAUUUGGCCGGAAAUCCAAUAUCAUCUAUUGAAACAAAUUUAGAAGACAUUAAAAAUGAAACAAGUUCAUUUCUCUAUCCAAUAUCAUCAACUAUUUUAAGUCUAUCAUUUUCUAAUUGUACUAAUUUGAUGGAAAUAAAUUGGUUUGUCAUAUCAAAACUUGAAAUAUUAAGUAAUUUGGAUCUUUCUCAACUGAAUAAGACAAAUUAUUUUUGGAUUUAUCGAAAAACAUAUAUAAAUAAUCAAGAUUCAAUUAUCAAUUGGAAUUAUCCACCAGGACCACGUUUAAUUCUUAAUGGAAUUCAAUUCAAUGACAAGGAUUAUUGCUUAACUAAACCAAUUUCACAUAUAUUGAAUAAAACAACUUUAAUUAUUGAUAUUAAUCAUCCAUGCAAUUGUUUCAUUUUCAAGUUUAAAGAUUUGUUUGAUCCCGAACAACAGCCAAAUUGUAUACGAAAUGAUUCAGUUAUCAAUGAGUUAACGAAUCGAUGUGAAAAUAGUGAUGCAUUUUGUGAAUUAUUAAUAAAUGGAACAACAACUUCUCCAUUUACGAAAUGGACAUCAUCAUCAUCAUCAUCACCUCUUUAUUCAAUAACAUCAUUAAGUUUACCUCCAAUGACAACCGCUGAUGAAAAAACAAUAACGACAACAGUUUCAGCGAUGUUAACCUUUGAAUGGAGUACAGUCACAAGAGAAGAAUCAUCAAUAUCAAAUUCUAUGACCAGCACUCAAUUUUCAUUAAACCCAUCAAAUAAAAAUCAAAAAUGGAAAAUUAUUUUAGCUACAACAAUUCCAUGCAUAUGCAUUAUUGUUUUUAGUUUAAUUAUUAUUUACGUUUUAAAAAGAAAAAAACUGGAAAAAUUCGAUGAAAAUUUUGAAAUGAAACAAAAAAUCUUACAUGACUCUUAUGAACAAUAA